AUGACAUUGGACACACUACAACCCUUUGAACAAUUUUUUACUGUAUCACCAGCUUCCACCUCAACCUCGACCCCCACCACAGCCAGCACAAAAUCAGAUGAUAACUACCUUUUAGAGACAUUUCAUCAGUAUCCUCAUGGUGAUUUUCGUCCCACAUUCUACAAUCCUUUCGAAAUAAAGCAUAGACGCAGAACAUCUCGUGCGCAACUCAAAGUAUUGGAGAAAUCCUACCUAGAGAAUCCAAAGCCAAGUGCUGCCAUUCGACGCAUUUUGGCUCAAAAACUUGAAAUGACACCUCGUGGUAUUCAGAUUUGGUUCCAAAACCGAAGAGCAAAAGCAAAAUUGUUGAGAAGAAAAUCAAGCAGCACGCCGUCCGUCGUAGCGUCAGCAGUAGAGACAGAAGAAGAAGAAGAAGAAGAACAAGAGCAGCAACAAGCGCCAUAUCAUUUUGAUGAUGGCAUGAAUGCAACCAAUACAUCCUUAAAUACUGGUGAUAUAAAUCAGUCUUCAAUCCUAUUUUCGCAGUUCUUUACAAACAACUAUGCUGUAGCAGGUGUCGAUUAUGCCAAUGUUACUGCUCCUAUUGAAGCAGAAGAUGAAGAUUGGCGUGUAUGGCAACUAAAUGACAAUAUUCGCACAGUAGCUACUACGGCUGCUGCUGUGGCCGCUGCUUCAUCCUCAGGUCAACAGCAACAACAGUCUGAAAUGAGACGCAGGUCAUGUCCUAUAAUGCCACCUGCACCUCGUCAACAUCAGCAUCAGCAAAUCAACAUGGCAUUAAAUCAACCACAAGCAAGCUAUCUAUCGCCGGUAUGGUCUCCCAACAUGCUAUGCAAUAUCAUGUCACCCAUGCCACCACAGGCUCCACAGCAACAGUAUAAAAGAAAUUUUUCUUAUGAUUCCAGUAGUUUUGAUUUUUUGGCCUACUCGCAACAUACACCACCACUGACAGCAUCGUGUUCUGCUUCUACAGUAGCUGGUUCACCCAUUUCGCUAGAUAGCCUAUACAUGAAUGAUCCAGUUGUGCUUCCAACAAAUCAAUACUACAAUCAAUCGCCACUAUCAGCAACAACAACUUAUAUUCCAGACUAUACUAUGCCUCAAUUCAUUUAA